AUGGGAACACUUGUUCCUCCCUGGUACAAACCAGAUCCACCCAGCGAGCACUCGCUGGACCUCGCCAGCUUCCUCUGGGGAGCCUCGACAGCCAUCGCAUGCUUCAGCUUUGCCAAGGCUGUCCGCCAGACCAGGCGGUCAUGGCUUCAUACCCACAAGGUCAACGCCUACAUUGUCAUGGUGUGGCUGGAGUGGACUGCUUGCGUGAUCAUGUCGGUCGUCAGCUGGUUGUUCCUCAUUGGGAUCAUCCCGGUGAGCUUUUGGAUCUUCUUUGGUCUUCGUAAGUGGCCUUGCUUAUCCGUCGACCACAAAGGUUUUCUGGCUGAUGGAAUAUUUGCAGUCGUUCUCUGGGUAGUUCAGAUCCAAUGCCUUUCCCAAAUCCUCUGCAACCGUCUCUCCCUCCUCUUCUUCAACCCCGACGACGCCCGGCGCCUCAAACUCGGCGUUGGCCUCGCCGUCGGCAUGAUCAACAUCAGCGUCUUUUGCAUCUGGCUCCCCGCUCGCCUCCAGAUCAGCGAGACGUUCAUCAACCUCAACAACAUCUGGGACAGGGUUGAAAAGGCCCUCUUCCUGAUCAUCGACUGCUGCCUCAACAUCUACUUCAUGUACAUGGUCCGCACAAAGCUGAUCGCCAACGGACUGAAGAAGUACGAGCUGGUGUACAAGUUCAACCUGUCCAUGAUGGUCGUGUCGCUGUUGCUGGAUGUGGGUAUCAUUGCUCUGAUGUCAUGGGAGGAUGAUGCUGUGUACGCCCUCCCCCCCCCUGUUUCCCCCAACAACCAAAAGGCUAACGUUUUUUCGUCCCCAACAGAUACAUGCAAGCACACCCCCUCGUCUACCUCGCUAAACUCUGCGUUGAAAUGA